ACAUACAUGUACAUUGUUUUGACAGUUGAUAUGUCAAAGUGGAUGGUACCAACGUGGUGUCUGCAAACAUGACAACUAAAUCAGAUAACGACAUUCUCAAAGGGAUUCAUAAUCCUGACAUUUCACACGUUUUGCAUCCUUUGACAAUUCGUCAUUUAGCCAGGGAAUGGUUAAAAGAAGACGCCCCGAAUUUUGACUAUGGGGGAUUUGUUGUGGGUGAAAAAGAGGAGACCGCUGUGUUGCUCUUGAAAUCUGAAGGUGUUCUUGCGGGCAAACCUUUCUUUGAUGCUAUAUUUAAAGAGCUCGAUUGCACUGUAACUUGGAAUAUUCCUGAAGGUACUUUCCUUACACCAGUGAACGCAGUUGCAACCGUAUCGGGAAAGGUUAGGCAAAUUCUGCUCGGGGAAAGGGUGGCGCUUAACAUCAUUACACGUGCUAGUGGAAUCGCAUCUGCAGCCAAAAGAAUUCGGACUACUGUGGAAGAUCUUGGUUGGCAUGGAGAAGUUGCAGGAACGAGAAAGACCACCCCCGGUUUUAGAAUGGUUGAAAAGUAUUCCUUGCUGGUGGGCGGUGUCUCUACGCAUCGAUACGAUCUGUCUUCUAUGAUAAUGCUAAAAGAUAACCACAUAUGGACAGCCGGUAGCAUUACCCAGGCCGUAAAAGACGCCCGAGUUGUCGGUGGAUUCUCCCUCAAGAUAGAGGUGGAGUGUCGCAGCCUCGAGGAUGCGCGAGAGGCGGCAAGCGCCGGAAGUGACGUCAUAAUGCUCGACAACUUCACGCCACAGGCCCUUGUGGACGCUGCUGCAAAGUUGAAGAAAGAAUAUCCAAAGCUCAUCAUAGAAGCGAGUGGCGGCAUCACGGAAGAAACUAUAGCACGAUAUUGUGAUGUCAACGUUGACGUCAUCUCACUAAGCAGACUGACGCAAGGUUAUGACGUCGUGGAUUUUUCGUUAAAAAUCCGGAAAGAUGGAAUAGACCCACGCAACACGCCAGUGAACUUGUGACUGUACCAGUUCAGUUAGUUAAGAGUCAUAAUUUGUUUACGUUAUUUUUCUGUAAUAGCGCAAUAGUCUAAACGCAAUACAUUAACUACUCCGUAGAUUGUAUAUUUUCUAGCAAAAUAGAUCAUUUUCUUACAUUAUUCGAGGACUUUGUUAUAGCUUGCCGUUGCAAUAAAGUGUUACAUGACACGGCAUAUCUGGCAGAUGUUUGACAUUUUACUGUCUCAAUAAAAUGAAAUAUUU